AUGGAUCCAGCAGCUCCAGGCCCUCUCGACCAUAGUGUCCUUACGAUGCAGGCGAAUCACAUGAGCGAUGUGUCCGACACGGAGACCAUAUACACCAGGCAUCCCGAUUCAGCUCCGUGGGCGAUCGACGCAAGGAUCGUUCUGUACCUUCAGUUUGCGAGGUUGCAUGACUUCCACCUGAUCGCGUACGGGAGAGUCGAUCGGGCGCUAGUCACGGCUUUAGUCGAGCGAUGGCGCCAGGAGACUCAUACCUUCCACCUACUUGUAGGUGAGGCUACUGUCACAUUACUUGACGUAGCUGUGCUUACACGACUUCCCAUCGAGGGACAUGCCGUGUGCAUCGAUGGACGCCAAUUCGAAAGCUGGAAAGACAAAGUCCAUAGAUUACUAGGAAACUUCUCGGACCUCCCUGAAGGUGCUGAUGACGCCACCGUUGAGAAAUACGCUAGAGCGUAUCUCUUUUAUCUGAUUGGUGCUGUCUUGUUCUCCGACAAGAUUGGCAACUGGGUACAACUAUUGUACUUGACGUUGCUUGAUGCGCCAUGGGAGGUCAUUGCCGGGUACAGCUGGGGUUCAGCAGCCCUUGCGUAUCUGUACAGGAGGCUUUGUGAAGCUUCACGGAAGAACGUGAAGGAGAUCGCUGGGCCCCUGAUUAUACUGCAGCUUUGGGCAUGGGAGCAUGUCCUCAUUGGUCAACCGAUGAGGAAUGUGGGACGUGGUGCAUUUGCGCCACCACUACUUCCUCCUCCGCAUGUGCCAUAUGGAUCGCGUUGGUCCUUUGAAAGACGAACCAGGACCCACACUAGAUCGGGUGUGGGGUUCUACCGCGAUCUACUACGAGCUAACCAGGGCAUCUCGCCGCCAUGUGACACAGAGACAGAGCUCCAUAACUCUCGCAAGGGUCGGGAGCCCAAGAACUGGCUGGAGAUCAACGUGCGCCAUGUCGCUCGUUGGGAGCACAUGCUAGAGUUGCUGGCUCAAGCAAAUUAA